AUUGUUUUUAUGCAGGCAUGUGCGAAAGUUUUACAUUUUCAUGGAAAAAAAACUAUUAACAUGUAGGUGAUCUGGAAAAUGUUCUCUUGUCUCCUGUAACAUACUUGUUGCUCGAGAGCUAAUGUUAGCUUAUAUCUGUAUCUGUGUAGAUGUGCACCAUGUCUGUUUUUCUACCUGAAUUCUCAUUAUCUGUAUCUCUGACUGCCAAUAGCUGGAUGAAUGGGUAAGAUUGGCCUGACUGUCUGUUAUAAAACAGCUAUGGUUAAAGUAAACAGCAGACCAUCAGAUAGAAACCUGUUUGCAUGAUGUAUUUUGCAGUGUAAAAAAAAUUAAAAAGACUGUUCAGACUUCAUGGUGAAGAAUUCAUGAUCUCAGGAUUGUUGGGCCCUCUGCGUCAGACCCCACUCAUCAGACUUUUAUGGCGUAUCCCAAUGAUACGCCUUAAGUCUUUGGACACAGAAUUUCCAGGGGUAGUUGCGAGACCAAUAGGUGAGUUCAGGAGCAAUGCUGACUAUCAGUACCAACUUUUACGCUGUAAUGUGGAUUUACUGAAGAUUAUUCAGCUUGGCCUCACUUUCAUGAAUGAACAAGGAGAAUACCCACCAGGAACUUCCACAUGGCAGUUCAACUUUAAGUUUAAUUUAACGGAAGACAUGUAUGCACAAGACUCCAUAGAGCUUCUCAACUCAUCUGGGAUCCAAUUCAAGAAACAUGAAGAGGAGGGCAUUGAAACACACUAUUUUGCAGAGCUGUUCAUGACCUCUGGAGUGGUGCUUUGUGAAGGGGUGAAGUGGCUUUCUUUCCACAGCGGAUAUGACUUUGGCUAUCUAAUAAAGAUACUGACCAAUUCUAACCUGCCUGAGGUUGAGCUAGACUUCUUUGAAAUUCUUCGUCUAUUCUUUCCUGUUAUCUAUGAUGUGAAAUAUCUCAUGAAAAGCUGCAAAAAUUUAAAGGGGGGAUUGCAAGAAGUGGCCGAACAGCUGGAGCUGGAACGGAUAGGACCUCAGCAUCAGGCUGGCUCUGAUUCAUUGCUGACAGGAAUGGCAUUCUUCAAGAUGAGAGAGAUGUUCUUUGAAGAUCAUAUAGACGAUGCUAAGUAUUGUGGCCAUUUAUAUGGUCUGGGGUCUGGAUCAUCCUAUGUUCAGAACGGCACCGGGAAUGCGUACGAAGAGGAAGCCAACAAGCAGUCAUGACCUGAGAAAACAGAACGAACAUUUUUUUUUAUUGCCAAACUCAGUCACUUUCUACAUGUUUUAUCUCUGCUAAGAUUUCUUGGUUAUAAACACGUCCAUCUUUCAAUUUCCAUUUACGUUGUGACUUCUGCUACCAAUAUGGAACCACUCGGCCUUCAAUCAGAUUGGUGUGUCACUUCUUAUGUUUGCCUUAUCUCUAGUAGAUCUCCAUCUACACUCGUAGCCCAACCUCUCCCCAGAGAUUCUUGAAUACUUCAGCAACCAAAUAACUACAGAUUAACACUUCCGUGCCAGCCAUGGGCAUAUAUAUAUAUUUUUUUGUUCUUCAUUUCUUCAUAAGCCUUAAUGAGUAAUUCCAUACACCUUAGGGUCUACACAGUUACAGGGGCUGAAGACCCCAAAACAUGAAGAUCUCAUUUGAAGACUACGGAGAGAUCUCAAGGUGUUUGCUGCUUCUGACGCCUGAUGUGUCUGGAAACCUUCCAGCUUUUGUUGCACUCUAGUCAUAGGAAAUACUCUACUUUUAUCCCUAAAUCCAUGUUUACUUAUUACCGUCACUAUUUUUAUUUUUAUGAAACAUUAUUUAUUAGGUGCUUCGUUUUGGAUAUUGACAAAGAACUGUUGGGAAGAAAAAAGGUCAUGCAAAAAAUAAAAACAAAGUUGACCCCCCAGUCCCCCAGACAUUUAAUACAAUCCCAAAGCUCAACAAGUCCGUUAAAGAUCUCCACUGCAGAGGAUUAGUCAUGGGAAAAUACAAUUUGCUUUUGUAUUUUGCUACAGAAAUGUAAUUUAUUUGUUGUAACAACAAAAUAAAAAGUUUUAGCAUAUCUGAGCUGUUGAUGGGUGGCAUCGUGAUGAGAAAGACGACAACAUUCAAGGUUCCGUGGUGCUACCAUCACUGAGAUAAUAGACAAUACUGCAGCUUUUGUUGAUGCAAUUUUUUGCAAUAUAUUUUUUAUAUUUUCACCAUCGAUCGACUAUACUAUCCCAAUGACGAAUUGCAUAGACAUAAGAUUUUUUUUUUUCCUUUUGGAUUGAUGAAAAAUUCAUAUUUCCCUACAAAUGAGUUGUGUGUGUUUUUAUCCACACUUUACUGAUCUAUGUAAUAUACAAUGAAAUGACAGGACUGUUUACCUUUAUACUUUGUAAUAACUUGAGGGUUGUUUUUUUUUUUCAGCGUUACAGUGUUGUAACAGUGUGAUGAUCCUUUUUUAAUGCAUAAAAUACAAAAUGUUUGCAAACAAAGGAUAUUUGUUUUUAGAGCUUUUGUAAAUAAAGGCUAAAAUGGU